UCGAUCAUCCCCUGCUGUUUGCCUUUGCUGCAAAGGUUCACAGCACAAGUGAAUAAAUCCUGCAUCCAGAGAAAUCUGUGAGGCUGUGAAGUCAAAAUAGAGCUUGGAGGCAAACAGGGAGGCAGUAACAAAAGAAGAAGAAGGAGGAAAUCUUGAAAAGCAGAAAGGAGACAUUUAAAAGAUGAAGUGUGUUGUUCUGUUGCUGAGUCUGCUCUCGGUGGGACGCUCAGCUCCUGUGAGCAGCUGUGACCCUCUGAUAAACCCAAUAACUGUCAACACGGAUGAGAUAUUGGGAAAAUGGAUAUAUGUUGGGGGAAGCUCUGACCUCCCGGGAAGCCGUUCCCUGGCCUUCCUGCUGACCAGCGUCUGGUUGAAUGUUACUACAACUGCCAACAGUAACGUCCUCAAUAUCCUGCAGACUCAGAGAAUACAUGGUGACUGUUCGAGCAUGACGUAUAAUGUGGUCUUUGAAAACAGCACAAUGUUAAUCAAGGAGCCUUUUUACCUAAAGGAGGUCUACCUGCCAACUGGCUGCUCUGACUGUCUGCUUGCUUAUGAAGAAGUCAUCUCUGGGAAAGAUACUUUUACCAGCCUUCUUCUAUUCAGCAGGAAAACGAGUGUCUCUCCUGACGUUGUGGAGACGUUAAAGAAACAAGCAGAAUGUCUCCGGAUGUCAUCACCCAUUAUGAUGGACCCAAACAACGAAAUCUGCCCUGACAACCUCCCGCCCUCAGAGGGGCUCAGUGCCCUCAACAGCUUAUUAGAAAACAAGAUGGCACAUCGAGUUGCAAGAGUCCUGGAUGUUCUUUUUGAUGUGUUUGUGAACUGGUAGUUUAGUUCCUUUAAUCUCUGCUAAAUGUCCCUUUAAAUCGGAGAGAUUGGCCAGUUUUUUUGUUUUUACUUUCAUUCACAUUAUUUCACAUCUGUAAAACAUAUUUAGACAAACUUAUACGUGUUAGAACACAAAGCAGAAAACAAACUAUGUCAAAACAACCAUUAAAGGU